AUUACAUUACAGGAAACGCACAAUAUAAUAAAAGAAAAUAAUAAUAAUAAUAAUAAAUACUCUUUAUUGUACACCACAUAAAAAGAAACAGAAAGAAAAUAAUAAGAGAAUAAUGUAAGUAGCUGAACCUUUUUGCUAUUGAGCACCAUGAAAAUUUAACACAAUUUAGCCGAUUUGUUUAUUUUCACAAUCGUUUCACAAUGUCUAUGAUGAGGCGACCGCAGGAACGUCACUAUUCGUGCAAUCCUAUAAAUGAAGUACGACAUUUUCUGGUGCAGAUUUUAUCGCCAUAAAUUAUGAAACUUGAUAGUCAUGGAUUUGACUGACAGCUGUCCGUCAAAUUCCCGCCCGCACCCCGCACUGUACAUAUUUUGUUCGCGAUGGUUAUCACUUUCUUCCUAGCAUGCUGGAUGAGCCUAGCCAUAUGCAUCGGACUGACGGUCGCAGCCGUGGCCGGCAUCGCUUACGGAUACAACUACCAGAUGGCCGAGUUCCUUACGUUCACCAGAUCCGACGUGACAGUCUACAUGAGACGAGGUCAAUUCUACGACAGGCCAGACGUGAAACCAAGGUAUAUCUCUAGAAGAACAGGUGACGAAGAAGAAGCUUUUCCAGCUCACGCAGGUGGCGAUGAUGAUUACAUUGCAAGGGACAAAGUGGUCCCUGACUCCGACAACUCCAAGCCGCUGCCAGCCUCCUGGGGCGGCAUCAGGGGCGUGCACCAGUUCGCUGACAAGCUGUACAAGUAUACCACUGAGGCGAGGAGAGUCAUAUUUGAAGAUAGCGGUGUGCAGGCUGAUGUUUCUACUGAAACACAGCCAUCUCCGCGAGAUUACUACAAACUGACCGCAUCACCAUCCCGCCUCAUCACCAAACUCAUAUCCAUAACACCGAACGUUGCCAUCUCCACUGCCAUCUGGAAGAGUGGUGACGCCAAGAUCAUCAUGAGGAACUUCCAAAUAUCUACCAUGAAGGAUAUGGAUUCUGACUCGUAUAAGGCAUACCAUUCUGAUUAUAUCGAAAAAGAUGAUCAAGAGGAAACGAGAAUAUAUCACAAUAGAGAGGAGAAAGAAAAUAAAGAAAAUAAGAACUUGCCCAGAAAACAGAAAGUCCACAGAAUAAGACCAAUUAUUACACCCGACUUGCGGUUACGUGAUGAGUAUGAACCCACAAGAAGUGAACCUAGGUUGAAUAUGCGCCAUUGGGGUCCAACCACCACUCCGAUCUUCCAAGACUAUUCAGAGGACGUGGAUGAAGACAGGAUCGUUUACAAGCCAGGGUGAACGUUUAAAUUUCGAUCGAGUUUACUUUUUAAUACUUAGGCUGCUUUUCCACCAAAGAUGUGCAGGCGAUCGGUUUCUAACUCGCAUAUCUAGGUACUACCGUUCCAUUAUUCAGUGGUAUUUAAAUAGUUCUAAAUAUGAGUUAGUGAAAUAAUAAUGUAUAGGUAUGAUGACACCCUUCUUGCAUUUAUUUACCUACUGCUUUUUUUUCAUAUUAUUUUUAAAAUUGAGUUUCAAAAUAAAUUGCUAAUUCCCUAAUUACAUUUACUUUUGACUAUUUUCAAUCAUGUUUUACAAUAGAUUUAAAGUACAAUCUGCAAACUAUUAUGCCCUCUGAGAUCCCCAUUACUACCGGUAGUUAUGAUUAUCAUAUAAUUAUGAAAAAAAUAACUCAAGAUCAUUCAAGCAAAAAACUACAGUUAAAGAUCCAAUGAAAAGUGAUAAGUACCUACCUGCUUUAUUUACAUUAUACUAAUGUAUAGCUAUAUUAAAAUUAUUGUUAUCAAUAUCCAUCAUUGUACCUGUUUAAGUAAAAUAUAUAAAAAGUAAAUAAUUAACUUAGUUUGUUUAGAACGGCCAAUAGUCUUUAUGUUA